CAUGUAAGUGUAUGGCUGCCACCGACUUGUUAUGAUCGCGCCGUUGCGGAGAAGUCCGAGUCAAAUUUCACCGAUCUGUACCCCGCGGCAGCAGGGCGUACUACGUUUCCGUUGUUUUGGGACGCGGCAAUGACCCGCCGAGCAACAUUGGAAGACGUCAUGCUAACUGCGUUUGAAAACAUCGAGAACGAUGAAGUUGACUUCUACGUUGCAUGGGAAUUUCAUAGGGCUCACUGCUUGCACCUUUGGCGGCUUACUGUAAGUGCGAUGCAUCGACUGGAUCGUGGGGAAAAGGACGUCGGCGUGUACUACAGAUGUGUGGAUCCUGAGCAUGCGUGGCAUUGUAACAAGAUUAUGAUCAAUGGUGACACCAGGGACCCUGACGACAUCACUUCUAUAGCCCCUGGGGUUGGGAAGUGUGUUGUGCUAAACAGGGCUUAA